ACACGGCGAGGACAAAGCAAGAUGGCGUCUGACGGUGAAGACGUUAUUGCAGUCGUCACAGUUCAGUGUUCUUAAUCUGUGCCUCCAUGUACACAUAUAUGUCCUUUAUUACACUCUAGUAAAUAGAGUAAACAUCGUUAAUAACUGUUUGCAUCCGGUUGUAUUAGUCUGAGCGCACUUUGAUGCUUCUCGAGCUAGCUUAGCUUGCUAGUUAGCUUAGCUUGUUAGCUGCUAACAAAGAGAGGCGGAAGUGAUCAAAACACAUCACUAAGUAGAGAUCAAGUGUGAGUGUAAAGUGUUGUGAUUGUGUGAAAAUGUGCCAAAGAACCAUAGCAGAGUACGAGGAGGAACUUUGUCCAACAAAAGAGGAGAAGGAGCGACAACAUGAAAAACAUCAAGUUGUGUUACACAGAACAGACAUCCAUCAGCUGAUUGGACACCAAGAAGAAUGUCUCCCUCAUCUGCAGGGGGACAGUUUCACUUUAGAGUAUCCACAGCCCUCACAUUUUAAAGGGGACAAAGAUGAGCCACAGCCCUCUUAUUUCAAAGAGGAAGAGGGGGGAGAGUGUCCUGUAGGGCAGGAGGAGGCUGAUGUCAGCAAGUUUCCACUGACUGUUGUCUCUGUGAAGACUGAAGAGCAUGAAGACAAACCACCUGAGUCCUCACAGCUUCAUCACAGUCCAAACGUUGAAGAAGAACCUCUACCCCAUGAGCAGGAGAAGGAACCACAGUCCCCCAACAUACGCGAGAAAGAAGAGGUACCACAUUCCCAGCACAGCAAAGAGGGAGGAGAGGAGCCACAUCCCCCCCACAUUAAAGAGGAAGGCGAGACGCCACAGACCCAUAAUGUUAAACUGACCCUUCACAUUAAAGGGCAAGCGGAGGACCCACUGAUCUUACACAUCAAAAAUGAAGAGGAGGACCCACUGACCCCUCACUUUAAGGAGCAAGAGAACCUACUGACCCCUCACAUUAAAAAGGAAGAGGAGGACCCACUGACACCCUACUUUAAAGAGGAAGAGGAGGACCAAGAGGCGCCGCACAUUAAAGAGGAAGAGGAGGAAGAGGGCAUCAGUCAGCCUAAAUGGUUGGAGGAGUUCCCAGUGACUGGUGUCCCUGUGAAGAGUGAAGAUGAUGAGGUGAAAGGUGAAAGUGAGGAGAGGGGAGGGGGGGAGCCUCCAAGCAGCAGCUCAACACAACACAUGACAACAGAAGCUGAUGGAGACCACUGUGGAGGAUCACAAGCAGACAAGCUCUUAGCUCCACUAUCAGAUAGUGAGGACACAACGUCACACUCUCCUGACACUGAUGAUGAAGACUCUAAAGAUGAUAAGACAUGUCACACUGACAACACUCACUUCACAUGUCCUCACUGUCACAAAACUUUUAAAUACCAUUGUAGUCUGAAAGUACACAUGAAAACACACACUGGAGAAAAACCUUUUUCUUGUUCAAUCUGUAGUAAAGGUUAUGCACAAAGUCAGAAUUUGAAAAGACACAUGAAAACACACACUGGAGAAAACCUUUUUACCUGUUCAAUAUGUGGUAAAGGUUUUACAGAAAGUCAACAUUUGAAAGUACACAUGAGAACACACACUGGUGAAAAGCCUUUUUUCUGUUCAACCUGUGGUAAAGGUUUUACAAGAAGUACAGAUGUGAAAAGACACAUGAGAACACACACUGGGAAAAAAAUCGCAUUCCUGUUCAAUCUGCAACAGAAUCUUUUGUCGACAAUCAACCCUUGUAUCACACAUGAGAAGACACCCAGGAGAGAAAGUGUUGAGUUGCAGUGUGUGUGGUGAAAGAUUGUCUUCUAAGUACCAGUGUAAGAAACACAAGUGUGCUGGUGAGAACAGCAGCAGCAAAUGAAACUGCAGGAUUUGAAAUAAACUGUCCAGACUUUCAUUUUGACUUUCUAACAACAUUGGCACAUAUAACAUGUGUGACAUUGUUGUUUGUCUAACAAUCUGUUUAAUAUGAUCUUUACAUUUAUAGAUUAAGAUAGUUUGAAAUAUGAAAGUAUUACAUAUUUGUACUUGUAAUUGUUAAUAAUCCCAUAGAUUAUCACCUUUAUAUGAUAUACAUAUGUACUGGUUCACAUCUGAAACAUCUUCUGGACCACUUCAGGAAGCAUAUUAUUAUUUACUUUAUACAUCAUUUAAACAGUUGUCUUUUAUACAAUUUUAAAAUGUGUGAUUUUAUGAAUCAUUUGUUGGGAAUCUGUAAUCCAUUUUAUUAUUAUCUUUAUUACUCUCUUUUGUAUUAUGAUAAUUGUGUUGUGAUUAUUUUAAAUGUAUGUCCCCAGACCUCUAUGCAAUAAAAAGUGAGAGAAAAUGUCUGAA